GCAACAACCAACCACUCAACACUAGAUUCUAUAUUCACCUGUCCUGUCGCUUCUGAGACUACCAUGGUGCCAAAAUCUGAACUCGAGUCGACAGAGCAUCAGAUUUCAUUCUCAUCCAAGUUACCAUAUGAGCAGCCAUGGAUUAACUAUGUAAUAACACUCAUUUCCGAAAAGCAUAACAAAUAAACAACAAAACACGAAUACUAGUCUCGCCGAUACCGAUCUUACGAAGUUUUUAAUUUUACGUUGAGCUUUCACUCUCGCAUUAGUACCAUCACUAAAUACACCAUGCCUCCUUCUAACGAGACGCGAUCUCCAAGCUCUAGUGAGAACCGUCAUUUGCCCUCCGAGAAGUUUAACAUUCUCGAAGAAUACCUUCGUUCUGAUCCAACUGUAUCCGAGCGAUGUUCUGGCCUAGUAAACUCCGCUCAAGCAACUAGAGGAAUGAGUAGCCAUCUCGAUGACGUGAAAGAUCUCAUUAAGGGCUUCGACAACGUGUUCGCGAAAAAUAACAGAGGUGGAAACCAGGGGUCCAGUAUCCGGGUUUACAACUCCAAGGAAGGUCAAUAGGGGCGAAUCAGAGGAAUAUCUUGGACGAAGGAACCACGUCGGUCAUGAUGAGCCUGGCUUGACGAUAUUAGUUUGAUAUUUCUAGUUGAUUUCCAUUGAAUGUCGUACCGAGAACGAUGAUACGGAUUGGCGUUGGAGACACGGAAUACGAAUGACGCAGGGAGGGAUUUCU